UCUGAUGAGCUGAUAAGAGGGUCUUUAAAAAUACAGAGCGAACAGACAAGGAGACUCACCAGAACAACACUGGAGACAAGAUGGCUCCAUUUCUACUGCUCCUGACUUUCCUUUGCCCUGCGGUGGCUUGGCUGUGUAUUUUCCUCCAGCCAAUGGAGGACUGGGACUCUGGCAAUGUGACUGCAUCUGUAGGGGAGUCGGGGAAAUGCCUUUGUCAUGUGUUUCUACUUGACACCACCUUCCCUGCCGACCGUGUGGAACACAUGCAGAAAGUCACCAAGGAUCUGAUGCUGGAAGUGGGAAUCCAGAUAAAUAAGCUGGACAGCUACAAGGGCAAGCUUGUGAUUUUGGCUGAGCUGAGGAACCUGACUAUGAGAGUUGAGAUUGUGGAGAGCGGCCCUGACAAAUACAUCCGACUGGACUUCGAGCUUCUCAGGAUCGAGCUGAGAGAGUUUGAAUUGUUGGUGACACAGCUGAAGGAUUCCCUCAACUCCUCCUCGCCUAUGUUCGACAGCCUGUACACAGAGAUUCGCAACAUGAGCCUGAUUGUGAACCAGUUGGAGAGCUAUGACAAGAGUAACCUGGAGGUGAUCCGUAUUGAGUUUGGAAAACUGCAGAAGAAGCUGUAGGAGUGCCAGAAGAACCAAGAAGAGGGCAUAAACCCAGAUAUUGGCUCCUGCAACCACAAAGGCAUCGCCAGUGUAGGGAAGCCAGUGGUCAGCCAACUGAAUGCAAACUUGAAUGCAGGCUACAGAUUUGGGGGGUGGGGGAAAGACUCAAAACCCAAUUGUGGCUUUGAAUCAAUGUAUUGGUAUGGUGCCUAUAGCAGUGCCUCAGUGAAUACAUUUUAUCUUUAUUCCAACUAUCAAAAUCUGGUUUUAAGGAAUUCAUUUAAACAACAUACCUUACCAAAUGGAUGGCAGGUUACUGGCAACAAUUACAUUGUUCAUGGUAACACCCUGUAUUACCAGAAAAACAGCCCAUUCAGCAUGGCUAAACUGAAUUUGACCAUAUCCAAAUAUGACUACAGAGUAAUUGAAAAGGCCAGUGCAACGUUCUCAUACAGUUUCUCAGCCAAUCAGAACAUGGAUUUCUCAGCCGAUGAGAAUGGACUGUGGGUAACAUGUGCCACAUAUGAAUCCAAAGGUAAAAUGGUCAUUGCCAAAGUAAACGAGGAUGAAUUUGGUAUAGAGGAUGUAUGGAGUACCGGUGUGUACAAAUCAUUGGUAGGUAAUGCCUUCAUGGUGUGUGGUGUUCUCUAUGCUACUAGACCAGUCGAUGUUCACACAGAGGAGAUAUUCUACUCCUAUGACACCAAAACAGAGCAGGAGAACUACCUCAGCAUUCCAUUUGAGAAGUUCCAGGAUGAAGAUUUAAACCUGCACUACAACCCUAUUGAUCAGAAAAUCUACAUGUACAACAAGGGCUACUAUGUGUCCUAUAGUGUCAAGUUUAACAAAGACUAGAUUCCCCCUCUGGUCUAUCGUAUCUUGACUGAUGCCACUGAUAUGACUUUCUGAUAGCAUGGGGCUUCGCUGAAUAGAUAGAUAUUCAUUACUUUGUCUGAUACAUUGACAUGCAUUUUAAAAUCAUGUCUCUUGAAUUCCUGAAAUAAAAUAAAACUGAAUCAUUGAAAUAACUGUAUGUGUUCUAUUUCGGUUCAUUUGA